AUGUGCCAGACUCGAAGUGCUACGCGCGCGUUGUUGAAGUUGGAGCACUGCGAGGUGGGGUCACCAUCCCCGCUGGGGUAGUUGCCCCUGAGUGUCGCCGCACAUCCAUUCAACGCAUUCCCAUCCAACGAACAUACCGUCACGCAAACGAGUGUGGUAUGUAAAUGCUCUGCUGCCUAACCUGGUGUGACCCGGGGUGAGUUGCUGACCUGCUGACGGAUGGCGCUGGAUGGCGUGUCGGCUCCACGCGCCGCUUCUGACCCGCCACAGGCCCCCUUGCCUGUUGAGCCUACGUUAUGGACCCCUCCUUCACCCGCGCCGUCGGACUCGUUCCCGGAUUCAUCGGACAGCUCGCAGCGCUCGCAUCCUCCCUUGUCGCCCAGUGGAGGGAAGCCGAGUCGUACUCAGGCUUACUAUGACACGGUCGAGAGGCUUGUGUUGCCCGAGCUCGACAAGGAUGUCGAUCGCAUCUUCAUCGAAGACGAGAUCGUUCCGCGAGUCGUGAUCUGUAGAGCGUCAGACUUGGUGGGCUCGGCACUUGGGUUUGACGCAGCACAAUUCAAACGCCAGGCUCAGGUUGCUCUUGCGCAGCCCGGACGAUCGGAAGUACAAGUCUUGUUCGACAAGGAUUGCCAACGCUCGCCAGAUCAACGGUUGGCAGAUUUGGUCUUACCCCUCGCUGACUGUGUGAGUGCCAUAUCCUGACUGACCACUUUGUCCAAGAUCCUAUGUCACGACCCUGAUCACAUCCCUCACUUUGUAACUCGCUUCGUCGGCACAGGCAUCCGGUGGAUCCCAUCGGCAGAACAACUUGAAGCUCGCACACCCCGAACGGCAGGCCCGGUUAACCUUCGGAGACGCAACCCGUGGCCACGACCAUGUGGAACGACAAUACUUUUUGACGUGCAGCUCGGAUUGGGGAAUGGUGGAACUGGCACGCAUAGCAUGCUCGUCCCAUUGGCCUUUGGUGCGCCUCCGCCACCCGGGCUUUCGUUCCUCACCGUUCCUCCGCUCAUCAAUGUGGUGCUCGACCUGACACGAGAUGCGCUCACGCAGCCGGUCCGCGUGUAUGCGCCAGGCUUGGCUAUCCUUGACGACACAGCUCAUUUCGUCGUAUUGGAUCACGAGGGAUGCCGUAUUGCGAUCAUUCCCGACUGCUGGGGCGAAGGCUUCGGCGAGCUGGCUUCGGUGCUCUCCGUCCUGCUUGGACUAGACGUCUAUUCGGCGGGAGUGUCUCCACUCUUUCGCCACGCGCUUCACCCCAAGACCGGCAUUACUCCUGUCGCGUUCCGUACACUAUACCUUCGACCUUUCGAACUCGAAGCAGAUGCUCCCCUGGUCGGUCGCACCGUCGAGUUCGUCGCCGAGGAGCCUAUCGAGCUCGUCGACAGUCGAGUUGCAGGCGGCAGCUCCAUCUUUGGACGCUGCACGGUCAUCUUCGAGCUUACGCGUCCCAGCUUGGUGCAAGGGUCAUCGUCGACGUCAGAUCUCUCGCCGUCAUUCGUGCUCAAAGUCCAGCACAUAAACCUGAAGUCUAAAGGUGGCGAAGCCGAUGCCCUGGACAAGAUCGUCCGGUGUUGCGCUUCCCACGGCGCCCGCUCGGCAUCGUCACUGCUCAUCGAACGACAUGUCGCGCUGCCCGAGAAAGCCAGGUCGUUCGGUCUUCAUCGAUCACAAAUGGACGACAGCGCCUUGCCCGUACUCGUGGACCCGGACUAUCCCGACCAACGACAGCGAGAAUCGUCUCGACGUACACUCGACGUGCUCGUCGUGCGCAAUCCUACGCCGCUACCAAUCCGUGUCGACACUGGCCGCGGUCCUCAGCACAAACUUUCCCAGGCCUGCGAGGUCUUUGACCAGCUGCUUACGCUUUUGUAUGUGCUCUGGUAUCUCGGCAUCCACCAUCGUGAUUGUCCCUCGGUAACAUCCUUCACCACCAAGGCCAUCCUGUUCUGGUCGACUGGGACACAGGGAUCGUUGCCGAGCCGGGUACACGCGUCCCUAUCGCUGCCGACGUCGCCGGCUCGUUCAGGAUCACCGACGCCGCCGCUUCUCACGAAGUCUUAACGUGCCCGAGGGGUUUGCUGAACGGUUGCUACAAGGUCCCCUCGCAUGCCCUUCGCCACGGCUUCGAGUCCUCCGUCUAUUGGUUCCUCCACGUUCUGGACUGGUACAUCGGUGAAUCGGUCUCGGCCGAGUUGUGGGAGAAACUACAACUCCGCCCACUGUCGAACGAAGCAACCUUUCCCUUCGCUCUCAUACGCCUGGAGCUCUGGAAGGGGGGAAAUCUUCCCAAAUUACGGGAGAAAUGCCUCGAGGAUCUGGCAAACGUGGAUACUGAGCUCCACGAAUUGGUCAACCUCAUAACGUGCGCUCAUCUGGGCAGCCUUCCCCCGACUGCCAGCAGUGACAGACGGCACCACCGCUGCGUCAAGCAGAAGAUGGUGAAGGUACAGGCCGAGUUGCGACGCAUGCUGGAGGUGGCCCAGCAGCCCGAUUAUGGUGGUAUUCUGGGUCGUUACCACAGGUUGCUGAAGCUGCAGUGA